UGCGCCGUCGACUCAGGGACGCGUUGAACUUGUUCCUGACCCUCUAGGACGGAGACUGGGCCACUGUCGUCGUCGGGUAUAAACAGCGACGAGGUCACCUCGAGUAGCUCUCCUCCCUCGAGUUUCCCCUGCGCCCCCAUCUUCCCUCGUCAACCAGUCAAGGCAGGAUGAUCAGUGUCGUAGUGGGUGCCCUCCUCGGUGCCGCGGGUUUCGCGCAGGGCUCCCCUGCCACCAAGCGCGCGUCUGGUGGGACGCUCGACAUACAGGCGCAUCGCGGCGGAAGGGGAAACACGGUCGAGAACGUGCUUCCCAGCUUCGCUUGGGGCCUGAUUGACGGCGCGAGCACGCUCGAGCUCGAUAAUGGCAUCACGAAGGAUGGCCACGUCGUCGUAUGGCACGACGAAUGGAUAGACGCGGGCAAGUGCCUCGACACCGCUCCCGUGGAAGCUGAUGACCCGGACUACCCAUAUGUCGGGAAGCUCAUCAAGGACCUGACGCUCGCGCAGCUGAAGACGCUGGACUGCGGGACUUUGUCGCAGGCCGAGUUCCCCGACCAGCGCACGUAUCCCGGGACCAAGCUCUCGACGCUCGGCGAGCUCUUCGACUUCGUCUCCUGCGUCGACCCGGCGCGCACCGUCAGCUUCAACAUCGAGUCCAAGGUGAACCACACCUUGGUCACCGGCUAUAACACGAAGGGCGUCAAUGCGUUCGUCACGGCGCAGUAUGCGGAGUUCCAGAAAAGCGGGUAUCUGGAUAGGAUCACCUACCAAAGCUUCGACUGGCGCACAUUGAUUGAGAUGCAAGUGCUGCAUCCUGGGGUCCGCACAUCCGCGCUCAUCAGCAGCCUGAACGCCUACAUCGGCACGCCCUACCUCCCCAUCGACCUAGGCGGCAUCCUGGCCGACUCCAUCACUGAGGCCGCGAUCAUUGCCGCCGCCACCCUCGGCAUCGACAUAGUCAGCCCGAAGAUUGACGCCGUCAAUGACGGUACGCGCGCGCUCGUCAAGCUCGCGAAUGGCUUGGGCAAACCCGUGCUGCCGUGGACGGUCAACGAUGUCUCGGUCGCGCAGGAUCUGAUCGAGCUGGGCGUGCAGGGGAUCAUCACGGAUUAUCCGGAUAGGGUGAGAGAGCUCGCGGAUGAUCUGGGCGUGGAGGUGGUGUCGCCGUUGGGGGAGGGGAAUGCGGUGAAGUGGCCGCAGGAUAAGGUUCUAGCGUGUCUGGAUCAACAUUUGGCACUGCAGGGAUGAGUCCGGCGUUGGCGUGAGCCAAUUCAGGUAGGUAAAUGACAGGCUACCUCGUAUAUCUCAAAUCCUACGAAUUUGCGCGUCGUGAGCAUUUGCAAGGGCCAAAUAUUUGUUCGGUGACGUGCCCGGUCCGAACUGGCCGGGCCGCGUUUAGCGCCGGGCGCCAAUGACAC